AUUCUCAUUGUCACUACAUCUCAUGUGCAUUAUUGUGAGCUUCUGUGUUGUGCCUGUUAGACCGUGGCCUGGGCACUUUCUGGAAUCCAUUCAUUUCUCCGCAGUGGAACAUGCUUGAUCAGCGUUCCUAACUGCCAGCAUGUCUACUGAUCGAACCCCCAAGUAUCGGCAGGAGAUCCAGCAGAUGAUGUUCGUCUCUGGAGAAACUGCCGAGCCAGCCGUGGACACCACCACUUUGAUUGAAGAGAUAGUCCGCCAGCAGGUCGUCGAGAUUCUCGCCCGAAGCACCGCUCUGGCGACCCGUCGAGGCGUGCGAUCCAUUUCUACCGACGAUUUGAUCUUUCUGAUCCGUCACGACAAGGCCAAGGUGUCCCGCCUCAAGACAUUCUUGUCCUGGAAGGAUGUCCGCAAGAACGUCAAAGACUCUGACGACAAGGGCGGCGCCGAUGCUGCGGACUUUGCAGCAGCCGAUGACCCCAUCGCCGGCGGUGUGGUUGCUGGACCGCAGGAUGUCGCAUCGAAACCGAAGAACAAGCGAGCUCGUGUGGGUCUAGCGUGGGAUGUGAAUAGUUUCUACUCCGUCCAGGUUCCCGAGAGAGAAGACGAGGAAGACGAGGAAGAAGAAGAGCAAAACUACGCUACGCUCCAGCGUCUGGCGGCCGCCGAUGAACGUACCAAAAACAUGACUAAGGAAGAAUACGUGUUCUGGUCAGAAUGUCGUCAGGCGUCAUUCACAUACCGCAAGAGCAAACGGUUCCGCGAGUGGGCCGGGUUUGGCAUCGUGACCGAGUCCAAGCCGAAUGAUGAUAUCGUCGAUAUCCUAGGAUUCUUGACCUUCGAAAUCGUGCAGACCCUGACCGAGGAGGCGCUCAAAGUCAAGGAACGGGAGGAUCGAGAGAAGAACCGUCGCGGUGGAGCGGAGAACGGUGAGAGCAUCAAGAAGCGCAAGCGCGAGACCGGUCUGUUCGAUCCGCCUGAGGAGGGCCGUACCCCUGUGGAGCCGAGACACAUCCGGGAGGCCUAUCGCAAGCUGCAGGCGACUCCGAACAAGAACAUUGCGAUGCUGCUGCAUAAUGGACGUUUGCCGGCGCGGAUGCCUUUACGAUUGAUUUAACGGGUCACUGGGGCUGGCGUCAUUGGUUUCGAGAUACCCAGAUUACGACGGUACGAUAUGGAGUGAUAAUGGACUGAUUUACUUGAUUGAUAAUAGGAUUGAUAUUCUGGGGAGUGAUAGAUGAAAUGGCAUGUCUGAU